UGUAUUAACAAGACAAUGUUCAUGUUUAAAAGAGUAAUUCAUCCUUCCACAAGCUCUAAACAAGGCAACUCGCGAGCUUAGCUCACCAAGCCACCGAAUCAAGCUAGCUCGCGAGCUUAUCAAGCUGAGCAUGGUCUAGCUCAAGCUUGGCUCGUUAACUAACGAGUUGGCUCGCGAGCCGGCUUGUUAAAUAACGAGUCGAGUGUCGAACGAGUUUUUUUCGAUUCGAACGCCGAGUUGCUCGCGAACGGCUUGGCUUAUUUGCAGCCCUAACUGCCACACAUUCAGGCAGUGUUAAGCUAACACCAAAUCUUGUCAUUCAUGGUGUUUUGUUUGUCCCAACCUUUUCUUUUAAUCUAAUCUCAGUUAGUAAACUCACUCAAUCUUUGCCUAUCACACUCACUUUCAAAUCAACCAUUUGUUAUAUCCAGGACCUUCUAACCAAGAAGAUGAUUGGUUUUGCCCAAGAGACUAAAGGCCUUUAUCAACUCACACCUUUUACCACAGAAGACCAUUCCAUUCAUGUCAAUUCCCUCAAGACUCACAACCUUACACCACAGUCUUUCGAUUUAUGGCAUUGGCGACUUGGGCAUCCCUCUGAGCAUAGGACUAAGGAAUUGAAGAAAGUUGUACCUAGUAUAGCUGUUGAAUCUGUUAGUCAUUGUGGAGUGUGUCCCCUUUCCAAACAGAAGCGUCUUCCUUUUUCUUCAAGCCAGUUUGUGGCAAAGAGUGUUUUUGAACUCAUUCAUGUUGAUAUUUGGGGUCCCCUUGCUGUUUCUAGUUACAAUGGAUUUCAAUAUUUUCUUACCAUUGUUGAUGACAAGUCAAGGUGUGUUUGGGCUUAUUUUAUGAAAUUUAAAAGUGAGGUCAGAAAGUUAUUACAAGACUUUUGUGUUAUGAUUCAAACACAAUUUGAUAAGAAAGUCAAGAUUGCCAGGUCUGAUCAGGGUGCUGAAUUUCACAUACCUGAAUUCUAUUCCCAACAUGGGAUCAUUCACCAGAUGUAUUGUGUUGAAAAACCUCAACAAAACGCCCGAGUGGAGAGAAAACACCAACAUAUACUAAAUGUAGCUAGAGCCUUAAAGUUCCAAUCUGGUCUUCCACUCAAGUUUGGUCAGAUUUCAUCCAACAUGCUGUUUAUCUCAUUAAUAGGUUGCCUACAGUUGCCAUUUCCAAUAAGACACCCUAUGAAGUUUUGUAUGGUCAUACACCAGAUUUAUCAAACCUAAGGGUAUUUGGUUGUCUAUGCUAUGCUAGCACUUUGGGACACAACAUAACUAAGUUCUUACCUAGGGCCAAACAGUGUGUGUUCUUAGGCUACCCUAUGGGUGUGAAUGUUAUAAGUUAUAUGACUUACAAGACGAGAAGGUGUUUCUUUCUAGGGAUGUUGUCUUUCAUGAAUAUAUCAUCCCUUGCCUAUCUGAAUCUUUCACUACACCUUCAUAAGAUACACUUCUUAUUCCCAUGAUUCCUUCACUUUCUCAUCUUUUCCCCUUUCUAGAACAAGAUACUACACAUGAACCUGAUGUUCCUCUUGCACAACCCCAACCAUCGGUCUCACCAUCUCCUACUCCUCCUUCCUCACCACCUACCAGUCCUGUUCACACAGAACCAAUUAUUCCCUCUCCCUUGCCUGUUUCUCCUAUUCCAGUUCCACCUUCUCCAGCUUCUUCUCCUCAACCAAUUGCUCUUAGGAAAGCUCCUCCUGUUCCUGUCAAACCUAUUCGAUACAAUGAUUAUGUAAUGCACCUAGGAACCACUGAUUCAAAAAUUUAUAUCCAAUGGUUGCUUGCUUGUCAUAUGAACAAUUGUCCAAGAGUUACAGGAAGUAUGUUUUUGGAAGUGGAGUCCACUAUCAUUCCUGGUUCUUUUGAAGAAGCCGUUAAAGAAGAAUAUUGGAGAAGAGCCAUGGACUUAGAGUUGGAAGAACUGGAGGCUAACCACACCUGGGAUUUAGUUCCCAAGCCUUCUCAUCAAAAGGUUAUUAGCAACAUAUGGGUUUACAAUAUCAAGUAUCAAGCAGAUGGUACAAUUGAACGAUACAAAGCCAGGUUGGUGGCUAAGGGAUUUACACAAAUUUAUGGUGUGAAUUUUCUGGAUACCUAUUCUCCAGUAGCUGAUAGACCAUUGAUUACACAUGUUUUUACCCCUAUCCUUGAGCCGUUUGAGAUGUCGAUUCUCUCGUUUUAGGCCGAUUUCACGCUAGGUUGUUCUUGUUUGUGAUAUUUCAGGUCCUAGUACGUGAAUGAAGGUUUAGGAACGAGUUCGGGGUCGAUUGGACGAAGUUUGGACGUUUGGCGAGAAGCUGAGAAGCCACACGGGCAUGCCUAAAAGCCACACGACCGUGUAGGGGACCCCUGAUGGCCGUGUGGAAAUUCCAGGGAACUCACACGGGCACCCUGGGAAGCCACACGGCCUUGUGGGUCGUGGCCGCGUAGGAAGCCUGAAGUCACUUAACGAAACGCCGCGUUUUGCAAAGCCACACGGGCAGCUGGGGGAGUCACCGUGUGGCCUGGUCGUGUGAGUCGGGAUUUUCUGAUUUUAAGCCAAUUUUCAGCAAAGGAGAAGGGAGUUCCGAGUUUUAGAGAAAGAAAGCGAUUCCUAGAGAGAGAAAGCGACGAACCAGAGUUCCCAAGUGCCCUAGCUUGAUCUUCAUCACCAUUGGAGAUCAGCUCACACUUGGAGAAGUGCCGAUUGACGACCAGGAGUAGAAACCCAUACUUCACAGUAUGGUUUCCGCAUCUGAAUCUGCUUUUGCUUCUCUCUCCAUGGAGUAGUUUUCCCAUUCAUAUGGGUAUGGAGAACCCUAGAUUUGUGUGUUAGGUCUGAUUGUAUGAACCCAAGUACAGAUUCUAUGAUUUGAUUAUAUUCAAUUGAGGCUUGAAUGAUUGAAUGACUUGAAUCCUUAUCAAAUUUCCUGUUAUUUCUGCUUUAGCCUAGAAAGAGAAUAUCUGCCUAGGUUGAUAGAGCACCCUUAAUUGAAGGUAGUGAAUUGGCGACUUUAGUCGAGGAGCCAAUUCACUAUUCUGUACCGAGUUUACUUCGGUAGUGGAGGUUUGGUUCAUUAGGGCCUCAAUCUGUUUACUCCGGUGGAGGUUAGUCGCCCGCUGGGGACACAGAUUGAGAGGGUCUGGAGACCUUUAGUCGAGACUUCAGACUGCUUAAGAACCUCCCGCAGUAUAACUAUCAUUAAAACUGAACUUGGUAAAUUGCAAUCCGACUUGACUGCAGUCUAGGGGGAACCAUAUCCGGGUGACCUCUCUCGACUUGAAACAACCGUUUAAUUGCUUUGCUUGUUUGCUUAAUUGAACCUGCACUAAAGUUUUCACUGCUAGAUAAUAAGAAUUCGCUGAGUAG